GCAAUUUGAGGGAGAUAUGGGUGGAGCGCACAUACAGCAACAAAGGAGAAGAAAACAAAAAAGGUUUCGAGGCCUUUCUUCUACAAUAUCUCUUUCCCUAGUCGACUUCUGCAGGCUUUUCUCUCCUUUUCCACUGAAACAAUGCACCAAUGAACAGUAGUUUUGGGUGGAUAACCGAAAUAACUUCAGGGGAUGGGAGGUUGCUGCUGUUCUUCCAGAAAAGCUCAUCUGCACGGAACACCUGUCUAUUACUAUUGUCCACCAGCUUUGGGAGAGCACGAGCCCCUGGCAUCUCACAAUGGCGCAGCCUCUGCCUUCACAGCAGAAUUCCUAUUUGAUUGGGGUCUGGAUGUGUCGACCCCUGACACUUUCAGACCCCCUCCUACACCUUUGCCUUAUGAUUUGGUCUUGGGAUGUACACAAUCAACAGACUCCGAGUCUGCCAGAGAAACAAUUAAUGGCAGUAGCUUUGGAACUUUGACUACAUGUGAAGAUCUUGAGGAAUCAGAUUGCAAAGCUCAAGCCAAUUCUUUGAGUGUCUCACCAAGGAAGUUAGAAAUUCCAAAUUUAAAUGAACAUAAUGUAUCGGCUGCAGAAGAAGAGGAUGUUUGUCCAAUUUGCCUCGAAGAGUAUGAUGCUGAGAAUCCAAGUCUUAUCACGAGAUGCGAACACCACUUUCACCUCUCAUGCAUUCUUGAAUGGAUGGAAAGAAGUGACGCCUGCCCCAUAUGUGAUCAGGAAAUGACUUUCGAUAUUACGCGUACUUAGUUUCUCUCAUUAUCUUUCAAGGUGAGAAUACAAAGGCAAAAUCGAAGUAAAGAAAUGAAAAUAGUGUAUUGUUCAUUCAUCUCUUCAUUGCUUAAACCUGGAUUGUCAGCAUCCAGAUAUUUCUCCAGAUUAAUAGGAUUUUAGAUUUGAAGUAGGCUUCUCAUGGGAAAAGGAAAGUAACAGCCACUGCUGCCUGGCAUGUUGAUUUGGUAGAUUUCUCUUUCUUGUACAGAUUAUACUCCUUUCUUAUUUUUUCUUCUUCUUGUAUACAUAGAUUUGUUUUGCCUAUUGGCUGGUAUUGUAAAUACUUCUUUUAGUUUUGGAUUGGGUUCUGUGCUUGCUUAAAAAGAUUCACCAUUUGCACCUUUAGCUUCCAAACAUUCAUUUCACCUUUUUUUC